AUGUCAUCAACCGACCCCGCACGCGCCAAAGACAAUGACUCCGAUGAAGAAGACUACAUGUCAAUGAUAAUUGAAGAGCCACAAGAAAAAGAGACCUUUUCCCAGAAAAAGCGACGACAACAGCGAGAGGCCGAAGCCCGCGCCCGAGUCCCCUCCAAAGCCGAACGCGCCGCCGAAGAAGCCGCCCGCCGCGAUGCCGCCCUCGCAACAAGCACGCUCGACCCAUCCAACAAGGGGUUCCAGAUGAUGGCGAAGCUGGGGUUUAAGCCUGGGCAGGCGCUGGGGAAGCAGCCGACGCCGCAGCCCACGACGGGGGAAGAAGCGGGUGAGAAACAGGGUGUGGAACGGGAGGCGCAGAAAUUGGCGGUGCCGUUGGAUUUGAUGGUUAAGGAGGAUCGGGGUGGCAUUGGGCUUGAUAGUGAGAAGAAGCGCAAGUUUCGGGAGGAGGCCGCUGAAGUGGUUAAGAAGGUUAAGCAGGAGGAGGGCGAUUAUCGGGAUCGCGUGAGGUUGGAGAGGGAGAUGAGACGCGCUGAGGCGCAGUUUCAUGCCGCGCAGAAGGUGGCGGAGCGGUUGGAUGGUGAGGCGGAGGCUGAAGGAGGUGGGGAGGGGUCUGUUCCGGCGCUGGGAUCUGCAGAUGAUGGAGCGGAAGAUGGCGAUGGGAAAAAAGACGAGACCUCGCAGGACGAGACGGACGCGAAACCCAAGCCGAAAGCACAAGCCAAACCGACGGCGCAGAUCAACGUGUUGUAUCGGGGACUGGUGCGGGAGCGCGAAGAACGCGAGCGCGCCGCACACGCUCGACACAUUCUACAAACAUCGCUGCCCUCAUCUUUCUUCCCUAGCUCGCGGUUACCAGGGUAUGACGACCCCACGCUGGAACCGGACGACCACGAGGCACUUGGCAGCACAAAACCCGAUUUGUCGCGAAUUCUGGAGGAAGAGACCGAGGAGGAAGACCCGGAGCUGGACGAGUUCAAUGCGCUUGAGCCGUCGGAGAAGUUGGCUCGUGUUGUGCAGUAUUUGCGUGAGAAGCACCGGUACUGUUUCUGGUGCAAGUAUACCUAUGAGACGGAUGAGAUGGAGGGGUGUCCGGGGUUGACUGAGGAGGAGCAUGAUUAAUGGAUGCGCGGAUAGUUUCUCUAUCAGUGGGCGGUUCCUAGGGCCAUCUAUCCUAGGUAGGGUCGGUUCACGGACCUGGGAUGUAAUGAGCAGCGAGAGCUCAAGCCAGGGAGAGCCAUCCUAUCAGAUGUGCGGCGUAUGGCUACGAUGAAGAGCGCCUUAUCAUCCAGCAGCAAGGCUUGCGAGUCAGGUGGGAUAGACUGCCUAAGUCCCGGUGGACUUGACAAUCCGCAUAACCCUAAGUCUGAUAUGAGCUAUGGGGUGGGAUUCUGACUUUCUGCCUUAUCUCCGGCCCUAAGACAUUGAAGUCGACCAUAAGACAAUACAUCUGAUGCAGGAGCUGAGCGCUAUGCUGGGUGGACUGGAUGGCAUUCGGUCUGUAUACCUAUUACAGAAGGCAUACAUACCUACUAUGAAU